AUUCGGGAAAUCUGGGGGAAGAAUGGUUGGGGAGUGCCCCAGCGGGAAAGGAGCUGGCGGUGGUGGUGGGCAGCAGCUGAACAUGAGCCCGAGAAGGCCGAGGGCUGUAUCAGCCGUGGUGUGACCGGUGGUAAAUAAGGCAGAGAAGAGAAAUUUUCAGUUCCAGCAGGACCAGAGCAGUGAGAAACCCCCUGUGCUGGGCAUGGGUGAGGCUGCACCUCAAAUUCUGGGUUCAGUCUGGGACUCCUCGAUUCGGGAAGGACCCUGAGGUGGUGGAGCAUGUCCAGGGAAGGGAACAGAGCUGGGGAAGGGUCUGGAGCACCAGUCUGGUGAAGAGCAGCUGGGAGGGCUCAGCCUGUAGUAGAGGAGGCUCAGGGGGAACUUUGUUGCUUUCUACAACCCCUGAGAGGAGGUUGUGGCCAGGUGGAGGUCGGGUUCUGCUCCCGAGUAACGUGUGACAGGACAAAAGGAGAUGGCCUUGAGCUGGACCACGUGCAGUUCAGGCUGGACAUCAGGAAAAAUUCCUCACUGGAAGGGUGGUCAGGCAUUGGAAGGGGCUGCCCAGGGGAGGCAGUGGAGUCACUGCUCUUGGAGUUGUUUAAGAAAUCACUGGACGUGGCCCUUGGCACCGUGGUCUGGUUGUCACGGUGGUGGUAGAUCUAAGGUUGGACUCUGUGAUCUCUUUUCCAACCCAAAUGAUUCUGUGAAUCCAUCACCCUGGUGGCUGUUCCUCACCUCUCACCCUCGCUCAGCGCCGGUGGCCCUGACACUGCAUCCUUUGAACAGGAACCAGACUCAAGUUCUGCCAGCAGAGGUCCAGGUUGGAUAGUAGGAGAAACUUCUUGCCCGAAAGAAUGGGCUAGUGGGCACUGGAAUGGGCUGCCAGGGAAGUGGUGGAAUGACCAACCCUGGAAAUGUUCAAAAACCGAGCAGAAGCAGCACUUUGCCAUGUGGUUUAGUGGGAAUGGUGGAUGGUGGUGUUUGGCCAAAGGUUGGACUGAAUGAUCGUGGAGGUCUUUUCCCCAGUUAAUGAUUCUGUGGUUUGGCUUUGGCAGAGUCCACAGUGGUUGAAAUUGGUGUGGAGGAGCAGCUCCCCACCUGAGCUGGUUGGUUCUGGUUGUAACCUUGAACACAGCCCCCACUUCCCCUUCAGUCUGGGUGAGCUGAGCAAGCUAUGGGGUGCAUCCUGUUGGAAUACACAAUGUAGCUUCUUCCUUGCUCCCGUGGCAGAAGUUACAUAAAACAAACCAAACACAGCACCAGUUGCAAAGGACUGUAACAAUCGUUUAACUCUGAGAAACAGAAAACUGUAAGUGUUGUUACACCCAGAGUAUGAAAGAAUAAAACUAUAAAUAGAGGCUGGAUGGAGCUCUGAGCAACCUGUUGUGGUGGAAAGUGUCCCUGACCGUGCCAGGGGGUUGGAACUAGGUGAUCUUUCAACCCAAACUGUUCUGUGAUUCUGUGGUUCAAGUGUGUGGCAAGAGGUGCUGCCUCAGCUUGAGAACGGGAUCCCACUCAUUUGGAUGAACAGACAGAAUUGGGUGUGCACAUCUUCCAUAUGUGUUCCUCCCACAUGGAUUACCUGUGUCCUACUACUGCCAUGUAUAAGUGCUCUCAGUUUUUCUGUGCAAUAUUUAAUUAUCCUCUAAGCUGGCAGCUCCCAGGCUGUGGUUUGUGAACCAGUAAUUAUGUUAAAAGCAGGCUGGUCACGUGAGGUUUUGUUUUCAGACUGUGCUUAGUGCUUAAACAGGACUCCAGGUUUCUCUUUCCCUCGUGAGAAAAAGGAGGGUAGGAAAAAAAGAAAUACAAGGAGAAUUUUACAAUGCCCAGGAUGAGAGGAAAAAGGUGCCUUUUCUAUAAUUUUUUGUCUGUAUUCUCAGGAUGCUUGUUGCAAUAACAUCUUUAUUUUUUGCUCUGUUUCAAAUGCUUUGUGACUAUCCUAGGUGGAAAUGGGAAGGGAUUGCUUGCUUGUCAGCUCAUGAUUGUCCCCAGACUACAGAGGGUUUCCUGGUGUUAGCUCUGUGAGACCAGUAAGGAGUUUAAUGUUAAAAAUUGCAAAAAUCAAAAGCUGUUUCACAAGAUUUUUGAUACAAGUCAGGAAAAGCUGACAAUUAACACUUUGUCAGCACAGAUUUCCAGUUGCUUUCCACUGAGAAGAACAGGGCACUUCUGUGUCCUUCUCCUGUGUCCCUGACCAGCCAGGAUGUGACAGGAAGUGCCUUUGUGCUCCUUGGUUUCAGGCUGUGCUUGGCUCCUGGAUUUCUGUGCCUCCCCAGUUCAGAAAGGUGCCCCCCCUGUUACAGAGUGCCUGGCAGUGCAGUGCUGGCACUGGAGAUGGGAGAGGUUUGCUAGCACAGCCACUGCAGGAUUAUGCUCUGCUAACUUGAAGUUUUGCAGCAUUUUGUGCUUUAAAUUAAAACGAGGAUGUUUAAUGCAAGUUUUCUGUGUUUAAUUACAGCAGCCAUAUCAGGAUGCAUAACGAGCUGCUGAUAUAUUGCCCCCAGUGGAUGGUGGAAUUGCUGGCACACAAAGGUGCUGACUCAGAUCUGUCCACUGUCCUUGAUUUGGCAUCCUUGUCUUUUCCCAGUUUAGUGUUUUGUGUCACUAAAGGCUUUGAUUUAAGGUACAGCAUCGUCAUAAAAGAGGUGACAGUAACAGCUGAGCUCUCUGUUAAAAUACUGUGUAUAAUUUAUUUCAAACUGUUUGGGUAUAUAGGCAUUUCCCUGGAAUUUUAUUACCUUUUAUUGGAGGCCAUUUCAGGAUUUUAUUACUUUUCUCUCUGAUUUUGUUUAUGUGUCAGAGACCUGAAAAUAAGGGAAUUGCUUAGUUGUCAUCUCCAGUGAGGUUUUUAGAAGAUGUUGCUGAGUUUAUGACUCUGCCCCACAACAGGAGGAGCAGACUAGUCCAUAAGGCUCUGGACUGGGACUGAUUUUUCUUCCCUUCCAUUGCUUUCAGUGUGGCUUUGGGCAAAUCACUAGUCUGGGCCUUGUGUCUGCAGUGGUGAAGUGAAGGGAGCACUUGCCUGUCAUGGGGAGUGUGUAAAAAUCUGGGGUUCAGAAGGUGCAGAAAUGGAGAACAGUGUAGCAGUGCUGAUUUUGAUUGGGGGGGGAUCCAGAACUCACUGGAAAUUACUGGACUGGGAAAACUGCCCUGCCAGGAGGAGGAUGUGUCCAUGUAAAUGUUGAGUGGUGCUGGCAAGCUGGAAAUCCACUGCUGAUGGCAAAACAGGGUCUGUAUUCUCUCCCAGUGUGGGCUCAAGGAUAUGAUACCACUUUUGCAUGAUGUCUUUCAAGUAUUGUGGGAUGUGAUGCCACAAGACUGCCCUGAACACAGGAAUUUUUGCCUGUUGCAUGGAACUGUGCCAUGGCACUGUCUUGGUUGUUAUCAGUGGAUAACAACCAGGGGCAUGAUGUCCCUGGGACAUGCAGUCCCUUGGACAUCACGACCCCCCCUUCUGUGGUUGGUGUUUGCUUGCCAUUCCUUACCCCCCAUUUUCAGUCAGGGCUUUCCCAUGGGUUGGGACAGAGCUGUGGACAGGAACAGGCAGGAAUUGCUGUCUUGAAAAAGCAAUUUAGCUUACUUGGCUUGUGUACAGUCCUGCUGUCCAUGGAGGUUCUGUUCCUGUUAUUGCUCCAUAGGGAGGCUGCAAAUACAAUUCACCUUACAAGAUUUACAAUCAGGUAGGAGUAUUUGGCUGGAACACCCUGCUGUAUAAAUAUAUUGGCAGAAAAAUUAGCCAAGGGCCAUCCAGGGAGGGAGAACCAGUCGUGGAGUAAGGUGUGAGGAGAAUCUCAAGGUUUCUCACAGUGUGGAGCAGCAGCUGAAGGUCUAUGGGGAUGGUGAACAGCAUUAACACAUCUCUGAGCAUCUCUCCCUCUUCUAAAUGUCAUUGACCUUCAGCUCUCAGGUGAAGGCCCUCAUCCAAAUUUAUUUUGGCCACAGAUGGAGCUGGCUGCAGACACGGCCUGUUUGGGGCUGCCUGGGUCAUGUUUGUGCUGCUCAGGAGAAUAGUGCCUGCAGGCAACUCUGCAUGCAUGCAGAAGCAAUACCAGGAAGUUUUUAAUGCAUUCUGCCUGUCAUGUUCUUUUAAUGCAGCUGAUGAACUGUAAGUGAGGAGAGCUGAGCAUCAAGUGACCAGUCAGCACCCCAGAGACCUUCAGUAAUUAUUUUCUGGACACAGAAUGAGAAAGUCUUAAUUUAAAAUACUAAUACAGGCUCUUGGCCUUGUGCUGGCUCUGGAGUAAAACAGCUUUUGAGGUCCUUUAGGGAAGUAGCAGGAGGACAGAGUCCUGCACAAAAUUUUGCCUUUUUUGUCAGUAUUGGCAUGUUUAACUCCCCUUCCUCAGCUGUCAGGCUCGGAUCCUCUUUUAUGUUAAAUUCCUCGUUGGUUUCUCCUGCAGCAAAAAGAGAGGAGCCAAAAUCCUGUGUUUUAUUCUUUCCAACAAAACCACUGCAAGCCUUUUUAAUGUACCUUAAAAUAGCAAGCAGGGCACAAGUGCACUUUUUUCCCCUCUUGAUGGAUGAAAUUUAACUACUGUUCCUUGAUUUGUGUUACUAUCAAUGUUACUAACAGUCUUCCCCAAUGCUAGAACAGCCUUUGAGUGCCAAAGCCCCAGAGAGGAAACUGCUGUCGUGUUUUGAUGAUGGCAGUGGAAAAUUAAUAUUAAAUCAGAUUUAUUUUUUUAUCUAUCUUGGCCAAUUUCUGCAGGUUGGCUGUUGAACUAAAGAAUUGCCAAGCCGGCGUUUUCCAUACAGAUAAUGAAUUUACAUUUUAUUCCCUAGUUUGUUUUGCUUUUUAAAACAAGUGGUCCAAUCCACCUCAGAGCAUAGAAAAAAACAUUUAGGCUACAUGAAUUGUGACUGAUUUAUAGAACUUAACUGUUGCUAGCCUAUUCUCCUAUAUCUCCCUGAAAUGCAAUAUGUUGUUUUAAAGGCCAGCUAAGAUGUUCUAAUUUGGAUGAAUUGAUCACUGGGAGACAGUCAGAUGUACAGAAAAUUAAUUUCAGUUACAGUCACUCAUAUCUUCUAACACUUGAAAUGAAAACAUAGUGGAACUAAUAAAUAUCUCUCAGCACGGGCAUGCUCUCUUUAAAGCCUGAUUAAUGCUUCCAUCCUCAGCAUAAAAUCCCCACCCUGGUAAGGUGAAGAAUUGUUCCUUGAUUUAAGCACUUCACCUGCCUGAACACUUGGGCAUAUUUCAUAAAACAUUUGCUGGAUGCAGUUUGGUUUUGCUUGGCCAACAAAACAUUUCUCCAGAAGCCUUUUCCCACCUCCAGGGUGUACCUGUGUCCCCUCCCUGGGGUCCCCAUCUGUGCUGUGUCCUGUCUUAGGGGGCCUUGCUGUGGUAACUGCUUCCCAGGAGCUCUGCUGUGGCUCAGCUCUGAUUUCUAGCCUUUCACCCAUCAUUCUAUGUAAAAAAAAUUUUACAUGUGGAAAACUGCUCGAGUCCCACUGGCACUGAGUUGAUUUGACACUGGCUAUGACACUUUUUUCCAUGUAUCUGUCCCUGGGUUCUGGCUCGUUCCCUUUCUUCCUUGUGUUUUUUCAUUUCACCCCCCCUCCCCCACACACACAAACAUUUUAAUUUCUGCCUUCCUUCUGACAGAUUGGCUCAUCUCUGGCACUCAGGCCUUGACUUGUCUCUCAUGCAGUGCUUCCUGCAGCCAGGUGCCUCGGAGCAAAUUCAGGAGCUGCCUGGCAUUCCUUUGCUCCAAGUUUGUCUCCUUGCCUUCCAGAGGACCUUGAAAAUAAUUAAGCAAAGUCUGUUUACUCCAGCUUUGUGCAGAAGCAGGUGAAACUUGGAACCUGUAACACCCCCAAGCCAGGCUUCUUUGACUUUGAGGGAAAGCAGAAAUGGGAGGCUUGGAAAGCCCUGGGAGAUACCAGCCCUCACCAAGCUAUGCAGGAGUACAUUGCUGCAGUGAAAAAACUCGACCCCAGCUGGAAUCCACAGACACCAGAGAAGAGGGGAAAGGAAAGCAAAACUGUAUUUGGAGGCCCAGUCAUCAGCUCAUUAUAUCAAGAAGAAGAAAUAAUCAGGGAAGAGGACAAGAACAUUUUUGAUUACUGCAGAGAAAACAACAUUGACUAUGUAACCAAAGCCAUUCAAUCAAAAAAAGUGGAUGUGAAUGUCACAGAUGAGGAGGGAGGUAAUACAGGCAUUGCCAGAAACCCCAAGACAAAACAGUCUAAAACUGUGAAUUGGCUUCAUCCUUUUUUGCAGAGGCAGGACCCAUGGCUUGAGUGCUUCAGACCUGCCAGAGGAAUGAGCUUUUGGGGACUUGGCAUCCAGGGCCGGGCUCUGCUCCACUGGGCAUGUGACAGAGGACACAAGGAGCUGGUUUCAGUUCUGUUACAGAACGCUGCUGAUGUGAACAUCCAGGAUGGGGAAGGCCAGACUGCACUCCAUUAUGCUGCCACCUGCGAGUUCCUGGACAUCGUGGAGCUGCUGCUGCAGGCGGGAGCCGACCCCGGGCUGCGGGACCAGGAGGGCUGCCUGCCCGAGGAGGUGACGGACUCCAAAGCCAUCACCCGGGCUCUGCAGCAGCACGGCCCCGGCCAGCCCUGACCGGGGAGACAGAGAUGCUCUGCAAUAAACACCCCUUCCCCCCUCCCUGCUGCCCUCCCCAAACACCUCGGGGGUUCCAGGGGACCUUUUAAAGCACAGAGUCUGGCUGGGCUCUCCAGCACAUGCCCUGAGCAGGAUGGCAUCGGAGCUUGGCAUGUUCUGACGUUCAUCAGUAUUUGAGGGGAGAGGGAGAGGGGAGAGGGCCUGGAGGAGGCCCCAAGUGUUAUUUUAAGGUAUCAAACACGAGUACUGUAUGGGCUGUCUCACCAGAGCAGCGUGGGCUGACCUGUCGGCUCCUCCGUGGGGAUGCAGGGCCAGGUGAGAUGCUCAUCUCUCCCGUUCAGGCUGAAUUUUGGGUUGCUUGUUUGUUUUUUUCCCUGGGUCCAAACAAAUAAUAUAAAUAAAAGCACAGUGUUGGGA